GGGUGGGGCAGUCGUUCGCUUCAGGGGAGCGCGGCGGAGGCGGCGGCUGUGUGAUGGGCGAGCGGCGCUCUGCUCCCGCGCCGACCCGCUGACCCGCCCGCCAGGCCAUGGCCAUGGCCACGGCCACCACCUCCCGGGAGCCGCGGGACGCCGACAUCUACGACGAGGCCGUGAGGGGGACCUGCGACGACGCCUCCCUCUGCAAGCGGUAUGCUGUAAGCAUUGGCUAUUGGAAAGACCCAUACAUUGAGUAUUUUGUGAGACAGCCAAAAGAGAGGAAGGCACCUGAAAUCAGCCGAGGAUAUUAUGCCCGUGUCCAGGGGGUCAGUCAGUUGCUGAUGGCUUUCUUGAAGAAGACGGAAUGCAAUUGCCAAAUUAUAAACCUUGGUGCUGGCAUGGACACCUUGUUCUGGAAGCUGAAGGAUGAGAAUAUGCUUCCUAAGAAAUAUUUUGAAGUUGACUUCCCUUCUAUAGCAACAAGGAAAAUCCACAACAUCAAAUCUAAACCUCCCCUGUCAAAACCCAUUAUGGAAAGCCAUUCCGGGGAAUCUCUCCUAAUAGAUGCUCAUAGUCUUGACUCCAGCCGCUACGCCAUAAUCGCUGCAGACCUUCGAGAAUUGCCAAAGCUAGAGGAACACCUGAAGAAAUGCGGCAUGGAUCCACAUUUGCCAACCCUCCUGAUAGCAGAAUGUGUCCUGAUCUACAUGACCCCAGAGCAUUCUGCGUGCCUCCUCAGGUGGGCGUCCAGCACCUUCCUGGCUGCCAUGUUUAUAAAUUAUGAGCAGGUGAACAUGGCUGAUCGCUUUGGGCAGAUCAUGAUUGAGAACUUACAGAGCCGGCAGUGUAACUUGGUUGGUGUAGAGGACUGCAGAUCUCUGGAGACACAGAGAGAACGGUUCUUAGUCAGUGGCUGGGAGACGGCUAAAGCCAUAGACAUGAUGGAAGUCUACAGCUGUUUGCCGCCGGGUGAUGUCAAAAGGAUAGAGGCCCUGGAGUUCCUUGAUGAGAAGGAGCUGCUGGAGCAGCUGAUGCAGCACUACUGCCUGUGCUGGGCUACCAAGGACUCCUGUCGCCUGGGUCUUGUGGACAUAGAUCUGUAGUGCAUCCGCUCCAGCAGAUCUGUGGAGCUCCACGUAAACCUGCUGAUCGCUCCUGGUGGGGCUCUGCAUGCAUCCGCUCCAACCUGUUCGUCCUCACUACCAUGUGGGCAAAAGAGCAGCAGAGCAUGAGCAGGGGGUGGUUCUCCCCCCUCCCCACCGUCUUGCAACCUUGUGAAUAAACGGUCUUCUUUUGUGAACAGCCGAA